AUGAGUAACCGCCAUCUGCCGGCUGGGCAGAAUAUACAGGGAGGAUCUGGCGUCCUAGGUGCCGACAUGGUCGGUCCUGGAGGGCCUCGUCGGAGGCAGCCUCCUCCCUUUGUUCCCCAGUCCCAGUACCAGCAGCAACAUCAUCACCAUCAAGCCGUAAAUCACAUGUAUAACAACAACUACAUGAACUAUGGACAGCAGCAGUAUUAUGGAUACCCGCCGCAGUAUCAGACAGGUCACUACCAGAACGCUCAGUACCACAACGCGCAGUAUCAAGGUGGACAAUACCAAGCUGCACAGUUCCAGAAUGGCCAGUACCAAAACGCACAGUACCACAACGCCGGAAUGCCUUCACCCGGUGCUUAUAUGGGCUACCAGCAGCACUACGGACGAUCGCCGCCCGUUCACCAGUUUGUCCCCAUGUCUGGUGUGAGCGUACCCCCGAGCUUCCCAACCCGCCCAGCUCAGCAACAAUCUCCUGCUCUGCCGACUCAGCCUCCUGCUCCAGCCUCACUUCCACCCCAGACUCCUACUUCAACCCACUCGUCGCAGAUAAUUCCUACUUCAACCCCCCCGGUCACGCAGGAGACUGAGCCAGCACCCCCCGCUCCUCCUGUUGCCCCCGCUGAGCCCCCACGACAACCUUCACCCGUUCCUGUCCCUGCUGCUGCUGCUGUUCCUGCCCCUGUUCAUGUUCAUGUUCAUAUUCCUGUUCCACAGGAACCAUUCCGUGCACCUUUCCCUGUUCGAACUAAAAGGCCGGGGCGAUGGAGGAAGCGUCUCAAUGCGGACAGUGCAAAUGUUUCCCUGCCGGCUAUUGACCAACAUAACGCUGCUGCAGAGCAGGCCAGCGUUCCCGAAGCCAGCUCUACCGAACCUUCUGUCUCGGCCCUUACACCCGCGACAUCAACGGCUCCAUCGGAGGCUGCGGCAACUCCUCGCCAGUCUUCCGAGACUCCUGCUUCUGUUCAGCAACGAUCACGCGCCAACACCGCCACCAGCGCUACCUCAACUUCGACGAACCGUCCUGCCACACGCUCCUCCGCUACUCCCGCCCCUGCUCUUCCAUCGCUUCCUAAGGCAAACACUAAGGAUGCUAAGCCUGCACGUGCUGAAAAGCCGGUAAACGGCGACGCAGCUACCGAAAGUGCCCCUGAGCAGGAGGUCACCGCUGAAGAUUCCGAGAAGCCCGCGGAGUCUGAAUCAACCGCUGCUGGGCCAGCUCCUGCUGUCAAAGCUCCACCUUCUAGUUGGGCGAAGCUUUUCUCGAAGCCCGCUUCUGCAGCUGCUGGAAAGACUGAGGAGUCUAAUGGCGCCGCUCCCGUUGACACUGUUGCUAAUGGCCGUGCCACCGAAAGCCCUGCUGGAACCCCUAAUGGAGCUGCUCCCAGCUUCUCGAAAGUUAACGCCAACUCCGUUGCGGAGGCUAUUCACACGUUCCAUGUUGGUCUCGCGGAUCAAGUUUCAUUCCUCGAGCCCCGCGGUCUGAUCAACACCGGGAACAUGUGUUACAUGAACUCUAUCAGCAAGCGUGCUGUUCACAGCUUCAAGAGCGAUACUCCUCUUAUUGAUGCAAUGAUCAUGUUUAUGCAUGAGUUCAAGACCAUCAAGUCUGCUGCUGGUGUUGAACCUCUACGCUUGGCGCUGAAGAACGAGGAGCUUGAGCGUUACGGAGAGCCUUUCACUCCCGAAUUCGUCUACGAAGCCAUAAGGCAGCUUCCACGAUUCGCUAGCAUGAGGCAAGAUGCCGAGGAAUUCCUUGGCUUCCUACUGCAGUCUCUUGAUGACGAGUGCACUACAGUCCUCAAGAACUUUACUCCCGACGAAGCGGAGCACCAACUCAGUGCUGGUUCUGAUGCUGGCGGUGCUGACGACUGGCUGGAAGUCGGCAGAAAGCAAAAGUCUGCUGUUUCUCGGUCCUCCGGAUCUAACUCAUCCAGCCCUAUUUCCAGAAUUUUUGGUGGUUUGUUGCGAUCUGAGUUCCGUGUCCCUGGUUUGAAGGACUCCAUCACUACUGAGCCUUAUCAGCCCCUUCAGCUAGACAUCGGAUCCUCUGAUGUGCGCAAUGUUGUUGAUGCGCUCCGAGGUCUUACUCGACCUGAGCGUCUUCAGGGAGAUUUCAACUCUCCUCGUGGCAAGGAGGUCACGGCUACCAAGCAGGUUUUCAUUGAGUCGCUUCCUCCCGUCCUCAUCCUACACCUCAAGCGCUUCCAGUUCGACGCAGAGGGUAACGGAACUGUCAAGAUUUGGAAGAAGAUCGGUUAUCCGUUGGAGCUUGAGAUUCCCCGCGAAGCCUUGUCUCGGCAGAAACGCCAGACUUUAGGUGAAGAGGGAAUGCCCAAGUACAAGUUGAUUAGCGUGGUGUACCAUCAUGGUAAGAACGCUAGUGGUGGACAUUACACUGUCGAUGUGCGACGACAGGAAGGGCGCGAGUGGAUUCGUAUUGAUGAUACUUCCAUCCGCCGAGUUCGAAGUGAAGAUGUCGCUGAGGGCGGCGAAGAGGAGGAAGUAAAGAAUACUCGUAAGGAUGGCUCUUCAUUGGGCAACCGGUUCGGUGCUGUUCUGGACGAAGACGCUGGAGAUGAUGACGGAUGGAGCAAGGUCACUAGCCCUGCUGGAGGAGCAAAGAAAUGGAGCAGCGUUGCCAACGGUACCAACGGCACUCCCAAGGCCGCCAAGCCGAUCAAGGAUAACAUCAAGGACAACAAGGUUGCCUACCUGCUCUUCUACCAACGAGUAUAA